UUCUUGAGCUCAACUUCAGCAAACACGCGCACCCCUUUGUCUGUUUGACCUUUCGUGUUCUCUUCACACAUGACAUCCAGACACACAGAGCCUAACCCAUGCGCCCGUCUGUGUAUGUGAAGCACUCUUAUGAAUCCAAGCAGGCAGCCGUCACGUGGGCAGCCGAGCUGAGUCAAAAGACAGAAGGAGACAGUGAGUGAAAAACAAAACACGGGCGAGUUGAGUGAGCAAUCAGAACUGAACCCGACUGUGUAAACAGCCCGGCAAAGCAAGUCGUCAAUGUCUCAUUAGCUACGAAAGCAAUCUAUCAGUCACUUGAUGCCCAGCGACACCCACUGCUGCCCAGCCGGCCCCAUUGGAACUGACAGUCGUCAUUGCCCUCCUCGUUGUUGAAGCCCUUGACAGCGAAGCACUGCAGCUGCGGCACAUGCACCAGCUGCCCGUCCGGCCCCUGACGCCACUCGCCCACCACCUCCCGAUUGCUGACCGUCUUGGUCGUCGCCCAGCCGACAAAAUGCCCAAGGGCCGCCCGGACGCGCCUGCGGUCCGACAAACACGAUCCAUGCCGCAGAGUCAGACUCACCGCCGACGGCAACCGCCAUCACUGAUAUACCCACAAACACGCCCAGCAGCGACCCAUCCAAUUGAUUGCCGCACUCGGCCUCCUCACACCAGAUAGUCCGCCAUCGACUCGCAUUGGUCUUCCUGUCGGUCACGCGGAAGGUGGCCGCCGGCAGGGAGUCGGGGUGGGUCAGGCGCCUCCUGCGGCUGCUGCUCAGCGGGGGCGGCUCAUCGAAGCUCAAAAGCGUCUCAGAUGGCAGCUGCAGCGUCUCGGGGCGCACACUCGGCAGCAGCUGCACCCACCACACACACACACACACACAAAACACAGCGCAUCUCACAGAGGCGCAUGUGUGUGGUUUACCUCCUGCCUUGCAGCCGGCAGAUGGACAAGAUCUGUCGUCGGCCGCCUCCUACUCCACGCGCCUAGGGUCCUGCCGCUGCCUCACCAGAUUUCAGAGGCUGAACAAAUGCCAUUGUGCUUUCCUUGCCGAAAAACGUCAGGAACGCCACGACAGGGGACAGCAGGCUGACCUGCUAGCAGCUCAUCCUAAGCCGCCUUGUGCAAGAUGCCAUAGCGCAGUUUGAUGCGCUUUGUAGCUCGCACGAGAGGCGAUCGCCGCGAGAAUCCUCCGCCCUCUGAUCCGCCUUUGAUUAGCACGGCAAUGACAGAUCCUGACCAUCUGCAGCAAGAUCCAAAUCAGCUGUGGUCUACCGCGGCCCUUGACGAUGGUUCGUUGGUUGGAUGAGUCAAGCUGACUUGGUGCCUGCACGCGGUGCUCCGGCUUCCCCCUUUGCAGCCCCAUAUGCUCCCUCUCUCCCGCCGCCAGCACCAGCAUCGGGCAUUCAUCGUGGCGGCGCAGCUGAUGGGGCGGCCAUUGUUGAUCAGCAGCAGCCCUUCUCUCUGGGUCCUUUCCAAGGCGGCAUGAUGGGCCACUAUGGGCAGUCAUCGCCACCCACACCCAGCUGUCCUCCGCUAUCGGUGUCGGCCACGCGAGUAGGUGUGAGCGGCCCUGUUGGGGUAGGCCUUCCUGCAU